GAAUUGGCUGUCAGUUGAGGAAAAACCAAAAUUGACAGGCCUGUUGAUUGAUUUUAUUUUCCAAACUUUUCCUGUGUUUUUUAAACAAAUUAACUCUCAAAUUACGAUUGAAAAUAUUAAAACGUAUGUUUAGUGAUUUACCUCCUAACGAAAUUCUCUUUUUGUCUAAUUAUGGCUACUAAAGAGCUUGCUCUCAAUAAUUUGUGAUUAUUAUGUCUGCGCGUAAUUAUUUAUCGGCCCGUGAAAAGAAUAUCAACAGAUACAUUGAUUCCUUACCGCAUAUUAAUUCUCAGAAGUUUAGUUAUCGUUCAGAGCUGCCUGCCUUAUCAGCUAGCAAGAAUAAUCUAGUGAACCGUAACUUACCCUAUUCAUUCGAAGUGCCCUUUCGUUUGGGCAGUGCUGAAAGACCUACCACUCCAUUUUCUGAUUUCUUUUCGGAGAGUGAGACAGGAACCCCAGACUUACGUAGUGAAGAAAGCGACAGCAGUGCCGGCUCAGCAUUACGCAGGAGCACAGCAGAAGCCACUCAGACGUUGGCUGCAGAGUGGGAGAGGAUAGAGCGGACCCUGUACAAUGAGGAGGGGGAGAAAAGCAAUCGGCCGCAGAUCAUCGAGGAGUGCAAGCAGUGGAGGCAGUUGCAUCCGCAGCUUAGGGUCGUCGGAAAAGCUAUAUCUCUACCAGAAAAGCGGCCAUUCAGAGGAAUUGAACAUGACGAGGUAAUAGCUAUGCACUACAGUGAUUACGAAGGAUUCAGUGAAAGUGAAGAGCGCCUCUCUCAGAGCAGUACUGACGUCACUCCACAGAACUCCCCAAGAAUAUCCAUAGAAAACUUGUCCGAGCCCAAAAUGCAGCGUGAAAAGGUAAAUCUUUUUCCUAUAUUUGGAGACGAGCAUGAGCUUCCCGACUCAUUUUGCUCGCUCCUACACAUCACGCCUAUACAAAUACGGAGCCCUUUACACAGGAAACGGCAGAAUCCUUUUAUAAAAUCGGAAAUAGCAUCGUCGCGAUGGAUGCGAAGCUCGCGACCUGAUUCCUCAGUAAACUAUGACCGGAACAGUGCAAAGUCUUUUGUUUCUUUGGAUCCGUCAAAUUAUGGAACGGCUAUGAGCGCUUCAGAGCGCAAAAAUGCGUUAAAUAGCAGAGUGAUUACUGCGAAAAGUAGAGAUCUGGCCAAAUUGGAGCCUCUUCACACCCCUGAGUACCAUGACACUCACAGGUUACCCAGUGCGUUCGGCCAACAUAAUAAUGCGAGGAAGGUUUCGCUUCCACCAUUAUUACUUGAGGAAGAAAAAAGAAAAGUUAGUGCAGGGAAAAAAUAUAACAUAAAAACCAGGAAAUCGUCAAAACACGUGUAUAAUUUGGACAGGGUGAAGUAACCAACAAUGAUCUCGUCAUUGUCAAGGAAAACUGACGAAAAUGUAAAACUAAAUUAAUAUACUGUUGCGGUGACUGGUGAGCGUUGAUUUGAACUUUGUUAUGGUGUGCAGCAAAAAGGGAUACUACUGAUAGUACAUUUUGCUGGCUAACUUGUAAAUAGUCAGGGGUCAGGGUACCAUUUCAGGCUGGCUUUACCAAUGUUGGAUUGUUAAAUUUCCCAAGAAGGAUUAUUCUUUUUUUAACAAUAGGGUUGAGUUUCCUUUAAUGCUCUGGCUUAUUUCAACGAAUUUUACCGCAGUUGCCAGCGCAUUUGUUGCAACAAUUAAAAAUACCAAAUACUUUAUACAGUAUUUAUAUCUUUCAUUAUGCCUGUCAAGAGGUGUUUUGACAUUUUUAUUGAAUAAUCGGAAGUAAAUUUUGAGAUGCGUGGUAGAUUUUCACAGUUUGGGUUGGAUAGCACAAAAGUGGUUUUAAGAAUGUACUAGUUUUGCUCUGGAAGUUAGUGGACUAUGGAAGUGAAUGUAGCAGUAUUAUUAAAUGUAGUAUUAAAACGUGUCUAGUCAAUUACUGUUAAGGUUUGCGACUGUGCCUUUCAUCUGUUGAUAGAAUGUUGUUCAUUUGUGUGUACUAAGGGAGUGCCUUAGGUUCUCAAUGUUUUGUUGACUCCUUGUGGAGAACAUAUCAGAAUGAAAUAUAUAUUUUUAAAUUAAAAAAUAGUGUGAUUUUAUAUGCAUCCCUUUCUUUACAAGUUUGGUUCAAAAUCUGUAACAGUUAGACGUACCGGACCGUGACUUUGGUCCGGUCAUCAUGUCUUUUUUAUAGCUGCCUCAAUAACAGAGUUGUAAUGGACCACAUUUCCUUUACGAUAAAACAGGCCUCAGACCGGACCAAUAUAGUCCAGUACGUCGGUCAGACAGCUUGUAUAGAAACAAAAUGGCAACACUAAAAAAAUGCAUCAGGGGAUUUUUACAUAUCGGGAUAUGUAGGUGUUGAACAAAAACAAUAUAUCAAAUACAAAUACAGAAUUUAUUUUGAUAUUUACAUUAUUUGCAUUUUAUUAACAAUCAACAUCAACAAUAUUAAAUAAUUUGUCCUUGUGGUGUGAUACAUUCGAACAUACUGCCAACAUUACACUCGUCACUAGCCAGCGAGUAGUGUGAUGUUGCCAGGUUAUAACGGUGGUAUUCUGUAAACGAUCGACUAGAAGCGGUGAAACAUGGGGUAGUUAUGCUGAGAACAAUUUGAGCAACUGCUGACAAAGCUGUGAGCUUCUAGUAUGGGGUUGCCACAAUUAUUAAGCUCGCAAUUCCUUUGUAAAAAUCUUGUAGUUUUUAUAAGGAUCCAAUGUUUUGAUUGCAUCCAUAGUUGUAUAUUUGUUACUUCUCUGUUUAUUUAAAUGUUACACGGAAUUGGAAAUCAAUUACUCUUGUAAAUUUUACUUUAAUAAGAAAGUGGGAGCGCAAAUAUUUGUAGGUACUAAGAUUGCGUCCUCCCGGCUGCUUACGUAACUAAAACUUACAAGUGUUUUUACGUCGAGAUUAAUACUGUGGCAAUCCGCAGCGAAAAGUGGCGCUACACCGCGCCAUCGUAUAAUGCGUUUCUAUUUGGCACUGUGAACUUGGACUCAAUCUUAUUCCACAUUUCAUUUUAAAUUUUCGAGAUACUUUUCAAAUCAGUGCCAAAUAAAGGCAAGAAGUAAACUGUAGACCAAUCUUGCGACAAAGCGAUCCUUGUGUUGCUAUUUAUUAAUUUUACACAGUAUAAAUUUAAAUUGUUACAAUUAUUUACCUCACAGCCAUCAUUAUAAUAUUGAUACUACGUUAAUAAAGAGGACUAUAUGUAACAACACGAUAAGAUGGCAUUCAGCUUACAAAAGGGUCUAGCGAACAUCGUAGGUAUUAGAGAGUGUAAGAUUUAUUUAUAUACGUAUAUAAUACAUGAAAAAUUCACCAUUCCGUUUCUAAAAACGUUAACAACCUCAAGCUAUUAGCAAUAGUCAACAAUGUUGUUAAUUCUAGGAAUUUAAUGCACACAGAACGUGGUUACUAGUUGCGAGUAGGCAUUCGUGUUCGUAUAAGUUCGUUGGAGCUAUUCCUAGGUAUAGGUAUAGGGGGUUGCUCAGGAGCGGACAUGGCUUAGGUGGUAGGUAAGACUAUCCUGAAUCACAAUAUCAUCGGCUCGUUCCAAUUUAUGAAGAAAACAAAAAAAUAAUUACUUAUUGCCUAUGAGUAGCGUUAUUGCUGUUUCAAUUAAAAAUAGUUUAAGUAUAUUUUUAUGGCGCAAGGAGAACUCUUGCAUCGAUAUUUAAAAGUAUUAUUAGCAUCAGACGUACAAGGUAUUCGAUUGGAACAAGCCGCUGGUAGCUAUCAUUCUCUAAGAAUAUACUUUAAAAGUGAUAUGUGACAAUAUGCUCUCUCCGUCCUAACCCCACUAAUAACUGUGUUAUUUAUUAAGAUAAGGAGAUACUUAUGAAAUGAAAGCACGAACUAAUAGACAUCCAAUGAAUUACGGACGUAAUAUUAAAGUAACGUCGGUGAUUGUUUGUGCGUCUGCAACAUAUUGAACUAAUGGUGCAGAACUUGCGAAAUAAGAUUAUAUUUAAAUUAUUGUAAAUUGCGUAAUCAUACCUAACUCUAACACUGAACCGCGAUUGUAGUAUGUGUCCAGAGAGUAGACAGUUUUAAUAUUAGGUGGCAGCACCUCAAGGUAAAGAUUGAAUUAUCGUAUAUUCGAUAUCGAUAUUAUUUUUUAUUACCUAUGAAAGCGUAGAUGAAACGAAAAGGGUUCUGUGUACCAAAUGUUAUAACCGUCUACUCUCUGGUAUUUCUUAUAACAGUCUAAAGUGAUCGAUACGAUUGAAGGCAAUCGCAGAAUCCCAAUCAAUAAGUUCGAGCAGACUGUUGAUGCACAGUUUUGCGUUCUGAUUGGCAGAUCUCGACCAAUCACAUGCUUUUUACCGUUAGAAUUCGAACAUUCAAAUCUUUUUUGAACCAUUAAAAACGGUCAGAGAUUGAAAUUCUGUGGGAUUCUGAAUUGCCGAUCGUAUUCGAAUAUCGAAUUUGACCUUUUUGCGUGUAACAAAAAGGACUUGGUAGUAGGCACUGUAAUGUGUCCGUCACAAUAGGACCCGGCAUGCACUUAAGCUAUUCAUUCAAUACUCCAUGCAAACCAGGAUUCUUCUAUUUGGUCUUGAAAAUGUAAUUUUCACCUCGUUAUCAGAUGGACAAUAUGCAAUACGUAUAGUCGGAUACGUCACAAUAGGGGUUCCGCAAGUGUUGCUUUUUUUGUUUUUCAAUGACUCAUAUUAGGUAUAGGUACGAUCACUGCCAAAUAGAAGUAUCCGUGCCACAUGGCGCAUAUACUCGAUGAUAAAUGGCAUAUAUCAUGCUUACGUCGCUUUCAUUU